AUGCCGAAUACCGCGACGGUGGUCCCUGGGGUUUUGCCCUACCUGGGCUUCAUGAUCAAGGACGUCGGCUGCCGGCUUGGGAUUAUCGCGCACUACAUGCACAAGCGGCAACACAUGUACCCCGUGAUGCGACACCAAAACAUCCGGGUCUAUCGCGGGAUGCUGCCGUGGACGCAGGACGCGGGGUUUCUCGCGCCGAGUGCGCAUCUCUGCGGGAACAUCGUCCUCGGCCACGACUGCUGUGUUUUUUACCACGCCGUUAUUCGCAACUACCACGUCAAGGAGGCGACGGUGCUGGGCGACCACAGCGUCGUGAUGGACCGCGCGACGCUGAUGGGGCAGGUGCGGAUCGGUCAAGGGGUGUUUGUUGGGGCCGGCGCCAGCCUCGACUGCUGCGAGAUCCACGACCACGUUUACAUCGGGGCCGGCGCGAGCAUCUCCGUCGGCGCGGUGGUGGAGAAUCACGCCAUCGUUGCCCCCGGGGCGGCGGUCGGGAAGGACGGGCGGGUUUAUGCCGGCGAGCUUUGGGCAGGCAAUCCGGCCCAAAAGGUCGGCGAGGUCAGCCCGGAGCAGGCAAGCGAGCUGCAUUAUAUGAUUCACGAACGAAUUCAGUCCGGACAGGCCCACCAGCGUGCGAUUCAGGAGCAUCUCCACUACACGGCGAAGUUGGACCGGAAAUGGCUGAAGGAGACGGUGGAAUUGCUGGCAAAGCAGCAGCAGCAGGUGGUGGUUCGAGUGCCUUUGGAGAUCCCGCUUGAGGCGCGGCGCUUUUUGCAGCCCCGUGUGCAUAUGCGCCGUCCUGAGCUCCAUGUUCGUAGCUCAUAUCCGCUUAAUCGUAUCGCACCGUGGAUGCCAAGAAUACCGGAUCAGGUUGCCAACGCGUAA